AUCUUCAGGUGAACACGCUGGCUGACUUCUUUUUAGAUGAUACCGUCUUCAUCGCCUACGGAUCAGAGAAAUACUCCCGCGACGAUUUCGAUCUGGACGAAGGAGAAAAGAAAAUAGUCACCCAAAAGACGUUUGAUUCUAUGGCAUUGAAGAAAUUAUCAUUAAAAUUUAAUUCUGAAGAAGCGGCAAGCAAUUUUCGGUCACCCUCCAACAGCCGAAGCACGUCCCGAACUGCCUCUCCAAGACCAAGGAGAAAGGCCCUGUCUGAAAGUGACAAAACCUGUGCUUAAUGGCCAAUCGGAAGAAACAAUACAAAAUUAUCCAAUAGCUUUAACCAACAAAUACGGAAUCCGGCGUCUCAUCGGUGAAGGAAACUUUGCAGUCGUCCGUGAAUGCUGGUCCAGGUCAACAAACACCAGAUACGCCCUGAAAAUUAUUGACAAGACAAAGUGCUUAGGAAAUGUUCAAAUGAUAGAAAACGAAGUCUCGAUUCUGAGAAAAGCCAAGCAUCCCAACAUCAUCCGUCUUAUUGAAGAAUUUGAUUCACCGGAUCAACUGUUCCUCGUCAUGGAAUUGGUCAAAGGGGGCGACCUGUUUGAAUUGAUAACCACGGCCACAAAAUACACCGAGAGGACUGCAAGCCGGAUGACCCACAACCUUCUGAGUGCUCUAGCUUACCUCCAUGCAGCUGGAAUUGUCCACAGAGAUGUGAAACCCGAGAAUCUAUUG